CUUCUUCCCAUCGGCCAUUGACCCAAAAAGGAAGACUAAGUUGUUGCAUGAAUACAUUUCCAAAACGUCUAAAUUGGUAACAAAAUCUCUUACAAAGGCCACCAUUUCUGCAAGUUUUUGUGUUCAAAAUUCUCCAACCUCAUAAUGUUCGUCUCCGCCCUUCUAUUUUACUUUCUUCUUGCACCGUUCUCGGCUUCGGCUGAACCAACUCCACCACGACUCCAGAGGCUAACUCAGGGAGGAUCCAUAGCCGUCGAAGACCAGACUCAAUUCCUAACUUCCCCAGAUGGAACCUUUUCAUCUGGGUUUUACAAGGUCGGCAACAAUUCCUUCUGCUAUUCAAUUUGGUUCGCAAAAAGCGCCGACAAAACUGUCGUUUGGAUGGCAAACAGAGACAACCCAGUCAACGGACACCAAUCCAAAUUGAUCCUCAAAGCCAACGGAAAUCUGGUACUCACCGAUGCAGAUGGCUCCCUCACAUGGUCUACAAACACAAUCACUACAGAACAAGUUGAGCUUCGGCUUCUUGAGAAUGGAAAUCUUGUGCUGAUGAACCAAAUCGGAGGGUUUAUUUGGCAGAGCUUCGAUUCCCCAACAGAUACUCUGCUUCCACAGCAACAAUUUCUAAAGAAUUCCACUCUGGUUUCAAUGAGAAGUCCAGGUACUUACCUAUCUGGGUUCUAUUUCUUGAAAUUCAACGACGACAACGUUCUAAAUCUCAUUUAUAAUAGCCCUUCGCUCUCGAGUAUCUACUGGCCUGAUCCUGGUAGGAGUGUGUUUGAAAAUGGUCGAACUCGGUAUAACAGCUCCAGAGUAGCAAUUUUAAAUGACAUGGGAAGGUUUGAAUCCACUGACAACUUGAAUUUCAAUGCUACGGAUUAUGGGUUCGGUCCGAAAAGGAGAUUAACAAUGGAUUACGACGGAGUUUUGAGAUUGUAUAGCCUUGUUGAAUCAACUGGCACUUGGAACAUAUCAUGGCUUCCAAUGGGUCAACUAGAUGCUUGUUUGGUUCAUGGGUUAUGUGGAGAAUUUGGAAUUUGUUCAUACAAUCCAUUCCCUACUUGCACAUGUCCUCCUGGGUUCACUAGAAACGAUGCUUCAGAUUGGAGUAAAGGCUGCAAACCUUCUUUCAAUCUGAGCUGUGAUUCCCAGAAUUUGGAUUUCAUGCAUCUUCCUCGUACGGAUUAUUAUGGCUAUGACUUGGUGGGUUACACCAGAGGUGUCUCUGUUGAGACAUGUAGGAAUUCAUGUCUCAAGAACUGUCAAUGUUUGGGAUUUGGAUACUCAAUGGAAGGAUUUGGACAAUGCUUUCCUAAAGGAGCUCUUCGUAAUGGGAAUUUAAAACCUGAUAGCAUUAUUCUUAUGCAUAUCAAGAUUCCAAAAGAAAACAGAGUAGCAGAGAUGAAAGAAGGAGAUUUGAAAUGCUCUGUUUCAGAACUCGUUCCAACCACACAAGUAUAUGCAGAAAACAAAGCUAAGUUUCGAUACAUGGGAUUAAUGAUUGGAUUUGUAGGUGUUGUUGGGUUCAUUGAAUUCAUUUUUAUAGGAUUUGGGUGGUGGAAUGUGUUCCGGAAGCGAGUUAAUGAAGAGUUGGUUAACAUGGGUUACAUUGUUUUAGCCAUGGGAUUCAAAAGAUUCACAUACGCAGAAAUGAAUCGGGCGACGAGAAACUUCAAGCAAGUGAUCGGAAAAGGAGGGUUUGGAACUGUUUACAAAGGAGAAUUGGACGAUGGAAGGGCCGUGGCAGUGAAGAGAUUAGAAGGCGUUUUACAAGGAGAAGCAGAGUUCUGGGCAGAGGUGAGCAUCAUCGGAAAGAUAAACCACAAGAACUUAGUGAAAUUGUGGGGUUUUUGCGCUGAGAAACAGCACAAGAUGUUAGUUUAUGAGUUCGUGAAAAAUGGGUCAUUGGACAAAUUGCUAUUCUCGGAUUCAUCAGAAACACUAGGAUUGGAGCAGAGGUACGAGAUUGCUGUCGGGACAGCAAAGGGGUUAUCAUAUUUGCAUGAAGAAUGUCUGGAAUGGGUUCUUCACUGCGACGUGAAGCCUCAAAACAUACUCCUUGACGAGGGUUUGGAGGCGAGAGUGGCAGAUUUUGGAAUGUCGAAGCUUUUUGGAGAGAUUAAGGAAAGUGGAUUCUCGAGGGUGAGAGGAACGAGAGGGUACUUAGCGCCAGAAUGGAUGAUGGACCAGAAAAUAGAUGCGAAGGCUGAUGUUUACAGCUUUGGCAUCGUUUUGCUGGAGCUGGUGAGCGGCAAAUGUGCAUCAAAAUUCCAUCUGGUGAGCUGGAUGAUGGAGAGCAUAGAACAAGGGAAGAUUGAAGAUGUGAUCGAUCCAAGGCUUGUGGAGAGGCAGGAUAGGCUGAAGAUUGAGACGUUGGUACGAGUUGGUUUACUAUGCGUUAAGGAAGAUCGAAAUUUGAGGCCUGCGAUGAGCAGAGUUGUAGAACUUCUUAGCUGUAGACUGUGAAAUCUCACAUUAGUUAGAACCGUGCGUGACAGCGAGGACCCUAGCCCGUGUCAUCCAUUAUUGGUGUGAGCUGAGAGGUGCAACUCCCAACACAAACGCCAACAUCCCUAUCUGAGACAUCUGAGGCCACCAAUCAAAGCGUCCAAAGCUUUGAAAUAAUGUUUAGAAUAGACACAAAA